ACUCAAACACAAGAAAUUGAAAUCCUCUUAGCUUCAAUUCUGCACACAAACAAGAUGCCCAAGCCCACCAAUUCAAAGCUUCAAAUUGCCAUGUUCCCAUGGUUUGCUUAUGGCCAUAUGAUACCAUUCCUCCAACUUGCUAAUGAAUUAGCUAAGAGAGGUCACACCAUUUCCUUCUUACUCCCAAAGAAGGCCCUCCCCAAGCUAGCUAGCAACAAUCUUCACCCUCAUCUCAUAACGUUCCACUCCCUCACCGUCCCUCAUGUUCCUGGCCUGACCCCCGGUGCUGAAACCACGGUCGAAGAAAAAAGACUCUUUGGUCCUUUCGCUAGCCAUGGACAGGACCAGGGACCAGGUCCGGGCAAUACUCGAGAAGCAAAAGCCCAACAUUGUUUUCUUUGACUUGGCUUCUUGGGUACCGGACUUGGGCCUCGAGAUCGGGUUCAAGACGGUUUAUUACAAAGUAAUGAGCCCAACUACAUCAGCAAUAAAAGUAACAAGAUGUGACUUGGAUAAGCCCUUUACGGCUGCUAAUUUCAUGGAGCCUCCGCCAGGGUUCCCUUCUUCAAAAGUCCUGUUCAAAGAGCACGAGGCCCGAAGAGCGGUAUUUGCCUUUAAUAUCCAUCGGGAUAACGUGAUAAAGUUUUUGGGCCGUAGUGACACAGGAAUGAGGAGGUGCGAUUUAUUAGCAGUGAAAACCGUGAAGGAAUUGGAAGGGAAGUACUGUGACUACCUUUCCACUCUAUAUGGAAAACCCGUCAUCUGUACCGGCCCGGUCUUGCCCGAACCCAAAGCACAGCCAUUGGAAGCCAAAUUCAAUAACUGGCUCGAGAACUUCAGGCCUGGUUCUGUGAUUUUCUGUGCUCUUGGGAGCGAAUGGGUUCUUGAGAAAGACCAAUUCCAGGAACUCCUUUUGGGAUUUGAAGAAACAAAGCUUCCAUUUCUGGUAGCCCUUAAGCCGCCAAAGGGUACAUGCACAAUAGAAGAAGGAUUUCCAGAGGGGUUUCAGGAAAGGGUCCAAAACAGAGGGAUGGUUUGUGGGGGUUGGGUCCCACAAGAUCUGAUUUUGGGGCACAAAUCAGUUGGGUGCUUUGUGAACCAUUGUGGGUAUGGGUCAAUGUGGGAGGCUUUGAUGAGUGAUUGUCAGCUAGUGUUUGUGCCCAAUAUUCUUGACCAAAGUUUGAACACAAGGCUUAUGGCUGAAGAGCUGGAAGUAGCCGUUGAAGUGGAGAGGGAUGAAAAUGCAGGGUUUUCAAAAGAGAGUAUUUGCAAGGCUGUUAAAUCAGUGAUGGAUGAUGAUAGCCAGGUUGGUUGGUUGGUAAGGGAGAAUCACAUGAAGUUUAAGGAAGUCUUAAACAAGCCUGGCUUCUUCACUAACUAUGUGGACACUUUUAUCGAACAUUUGCAAGGAUUAUUAUUAGUUGAGUAACAUCAUUGAGAUUGUUUUCUAAAAUUGAGCUUAUGGUGAUCAAGGUGACAUGAUUUGCAAGAGCUUUCAUCACAUUUAAUAAAGGUGUUCUAAUAAGACUAUAUGCUUUCAUCAAAUAAUUAGACUUAUUUAAUCUUUAAAAGUGUUAAAAUAUUCCAAAUAAUUAGUGAACGAGUCUUUUUUACAAUGAUAAUUUUAUUUAUGUACUUUAUCUUUUAUAUUAAAAAGAUUCUCAUUAAUAAGUACUAGUGUAAGACAUGACAUUAUGUAUUAAUGUUAUUCAAAACUGA